UGAAGAUAGGGGAAAAAACGUUGGGCGUUGUCGGCACGUGCAUGGUGUUAAGCUAAGCUAACAGUUGCUAACAUCAGUUUGCUGUGGAGUGAGUUUAAUUUGAGGUUCCGCUUUAAAAAAUCCUAAACGUCUGAACGGCUCGUCAGUCACAACAGUGUACAUCAGCAGAAAAACACCGGGACUGGACAAAUGUUGGCUCGCUAGCUUGAUGUUAUAAAGUGAAGGCGGUGGGAAUAGGUUAGCGCCAACGUGGCUGUGUGGAUCUGCGAGGUCAACGUGGUAGUGAGACUAGACAUGCUCUUCUGAAAUACAUCGGAUAACAUCCAGUGCUUACGCGGCUGUGUUGAUGAGAGGUGACACAUCAUGCGCAGCUGGGAUUCAUGAAAAUGCCAACAUGUCUUCAAUCCUUGGACUCCCUGCACGAGGGUCAGAUGUAACUGUUUUCAUAACCAAGGUUCACUUGAGUCCCUUUUGUGCUCUUGUGGAAUUAUGGGGAACAUUUGACCUAGAGAAGACAGCAGAUUACGAGUGCCUUUUCAAAGAAAUCCAAUGCCCUGGUAACUCAUUUCAAGAGUUUGAAGGAAAUCCUAGUGACCAGUGCUUGGUUCAGAUAGAUGCUACUUGGUACAGAUCCCGCAUUGUCUCAAGGAAUGGGUCAAACUACAGUGUGUUUCUCAUUGACAAAGGGAUGACAUUUAACACCACCACAAACAAGCUGGCAUGGGGUAGGAAGAAGCACUACCAGCUGCCACCCAAAGUGGAAUUUUGUGUACUAGCUAAUGUGUUACCACUCUCGCUUCAAAACAGAUGGUCUCCUGUGGCUCUGGAAUUUCUGGAAUCUCUUUCCGGUAAGUCACUGAAAGCGCAUGUGCAAGAUGUACUUGUGCCACACAGAACAUUUCUCCUGCACAUUCCUUGCAUCUCCAAACAAAUGUAUGAGAUGGGGAUUGCCAAGAAGCUGUCUCCAGAUGUGUUUCAGGACUUUGUUCUCAAGUCACUGCAGUCCCAAAAUGCAGAUGAAGUGUCUCCGGUGACUCAAAUACCGAUUGAAGCAGGUGAGCGACUGCACAAGAAAGAGGUCUUCCUGUAUCCAGAGCUGCCGAACGGAACUGUGGAGACCGUCAUAGUCACAGAAGUCACAAAUCCGCAGAGGAUAUUUUGCCAGUUAAAGGUUUUCUCACAAGAGUUAAAGAAACUCUCAGGGCAGAUCACACAGUGCUGUGAGGGCAGAACAACCAAUUGCAUUGUAGGUCCAGAAAUGAUUGGGUUUCCAUGUGCUGCACGAGGAAAUGAUGGCAGGUGGUACCGCUCUGUUUUGCAACAGGUCUUCCUGUCCAACCAAAUGGUAGAAGUGUUGAAUGUUGACUAUGGAACAAAACAGUUUGUUAAAGUGGAGAAUGUUAGACCUCUGGGUGCAGAGUUCUUCAGGAUGCCCGUUGUGACUUACAUCUGUUCCCUUCAUGGAAUCAUUGACAAAGGGGUUGGAUGGACAACCAGCCAGAUUGACUAUCUCAGGACCCUUCUUUUGCACAAAACGGUGAUUGCCAAAUUUGAGUACCAAAGCAUCUCCGAGGGCGUUCACUAUGUCACACUGUAUGGGGAUGAAAACACAAACAUUAACAACUUGUUUGGUUCCAAGCAGAGCUGUUUUCUGGAGAGUGAGAAAACACUUGGAGAUUAUGCCAUCAGCACUGCACACAGCCGCAAGCAUACAGCUCAGCAAGAAACAAAUCAAAGAAAGAUGCUAACUCCUGCUGUAGAGCACGAAGAUGGGAAAGGAAUCAUACAAAAGUUGCCAGCUGAAGACCUUUCUCUCAACUCCUCCCAUGUGGCUUUUGUUCAGCACGUAUCUGACCCAUCAGAGUUUUGGAUCCAAACACAGAACUAUGCAAAUGAGUUGGAUGAAUUGAUGGAUGGUAUCUACCAUCUGUACACAGAUUCAGUGAAUAAACAUGUGGUGACAAAUCCAACUGUUGGGCUGUUCUGUGCUGCCAAGUCAGAAGAUGGUGACUUCUAUAGAGCAACUGUGGCUGAAGUUGGCGAAAUACAGGUCAAGGUGUUCUUUGUUGAUUAUGGAAACACUGAAAUGGUUGACAGGAAGAACAUCAGGACCCUUCCUGAUGAUUUCAAAAAGCUGCCAUGUCUUUCUCUGAAAUGCACUCUGGAUGGUGUCAGGCCAAAAGAUGGAAGAUGGAGUCAAAGUGCUUGUGAGCUUUUCAUCAAAGCAGUCACAGAUGUAGAGCUGACUGUACAUGUGACAUCAAGGUACGAUGAUGGCUAUGUUGUUAAACUAACAAAUCCUGACGCACAGGGAGAAAGAGAUCUGAGCACACUGAUGUGUUGUUCUGGCUGUGCUGAAAUGGCUGAAACACAGAGACUGCCCAAAGCCCAAUUGACCACGCAACCUGCCAUCCUACCACAACUUACAGAUGCUAGCCUCUCGGGUGAAUGGUACAGGAGCAAAGAAAUGCUUUUCCAGUCCCAAAACACAGUUCUCCCUGCUGUGUAUGAAAGAAGAAUUUCUACAUUCAAGGAGCACAUGUUUCCCAUUGGAAGUGUCCUUGAUGUCAGUGUGUCCUACAUUGAAAGCCCAAACGACUUCUGGUGCCAACUGGUUCAAAAUACAGGGCAUUUGAAAGUGCUCAUGCGUGACCUACAGGCUCAUUAUGCAGACACUGAGUUUCAGCCCCUUGUGGAAGCAGCUUGUGUAGCUCGCCAUCCUGAAAAUGGAAUGUGGUACAGGGCCCUUGUAAUUCACAAACAUAAAACGCCUGAUGUGGAUGUGUUGUUUGUUGACUAUGGCCCAAGGGACACAGUCCCCCUCCAUGACCUAAGGAGGAUUAGCCCACAAUUCCUUGUUCUGCAAGGCCAAGCUUUCCGAUGCAGUCUGUUAAACCCUGUUGACCCUACGUCUGUCAUAAAUGACUGGAACGAAGAAGCAGUAGCAAGGUUCCACAGCUUUGUGAAAACUUCAGCAUCCAAGUUUGUGAUUUUGAAGUGCACCAUAUAUGCUGUCAUGUACAGUGAGCAGAAGGUUCUUUUCAACAUUGUGGAUCUAGAAACUCCCUUUGAGAGCAUCUGCACAAGUAUGGUAAAUCUUGUCAAAAGUGCCCCUCCAAAAAAAGCUGCUUCGCCCUCUUUCCGUCUGGACACAUACUACUACUCGACGCACAAUGUCAAAACUGGAACAGAGGAACAGGUCACAGUGACAUCUGUAAACAAUGUCAGUCAGUUCUACUGCCAGCUCGAGAGAAACGCUGAUGUGAUAAAAGAUCUCAAGAUCAAAGUGAACAAUCUCUGUUUUCAGCUUGAGAAGGUAAAGCUCCCAACAGUCUUUGGAACUUUGUGCUUUGCGAGGUACACUGAUGGACAGUGGUACAGGGGACAGAUUAAGGCCACUCAGCCGGCAAUUCUGGUUCAGUUUGUGGACUAUGGUGACACUAUUGAGGUGGACCAAUCAGACUUGCUUCCUGUUCCCAGAGAGGCUAUUGACAUCAUGUCUGUUCCUGUGCAAGCAGUUGUGUGUAGUCUCUCCGAUGUCCCUGCCGAUGUUCCCAGUGAGGCAAACAGCUGGUUUGAAACAAGUUCGACAGAAUGCACAUUUCGAGCAUUAGUGGUGGCCCGAGAACCAGAUGGAAAACUGCUGGUUGAGCUGUAUCAAGGAAACACUCAAGUUAAUUCAAAGAUAAAGAAGAUGUUUCAGAUUGAGAUGCAAACAGAAGGGGUGGUUGUCCGCCAGGGUUGGAGAGCACCUGAGGCUUCAGCAAAUUAUGACCAAAAGACUGCAAAGAUUUUCCCAAAACAAGAAGAAAUGGAAGAUCACACUCCAACCAUCAAAAAUGUGUCUGCCCCAAAACCAGCACGCCAAAUGAGGGAUGCUGACAUAAAUCUUCAGUCUUCACCAAAAACUGGUCGGAAGAUCAAAGGUCUCUACAUACCUCCACACCUAAGACAGUCAGACAGAAAGACACCAAACGAUACAGGAAAUGGUUAUGAGCCGACAUGUGCCUAUAGCAAACCAAAGAAGGAAGGUUUUUCUGCAGAAACUAGACAGGUCAUCAAGUCCAAAUCCCCUGACCCUGAGAAGGAAAGCAAAACUGAAACAUUCCCUAAACUUGCAGACCUGCCGACAAAAUCUAUCACAUCAGGUAUGGAAGCGGAUGUUUAUGUCUCGCACUGCAACAGCCCUUUGAGUUUCUAUGUCCAACUUGUCAGUGAGGAGGAUGACAUAUUCUCCAUUGUGGAAAAGCUAAAUGAUUCCAAAUUCACCCCUCAAACCGACAACCUCAAAGACAUGAGUCCAGGUGACCUUGUGCAAGCGGAAUUUGCAGAUGAUUCCUCAUGGUAUCGAGCAGUUGUGAGAGAGGUCCAUGGCAAUACAAUGGCUCUUGUCGAGUUUGUUGACUUUGGAAAUACAGCAAUGGUUCCAAUUUCAAAAAUGGGCAGACUCCAUAAGUCCUUCUUGCAGCUUCCCAUGUACAGCACACAAUGUUUGCUGAGAGAGACUACAGGUCUUGGAAAAGAGGAUGUGCUUGCCCCAGAAGUGGUGUCAGCUUUCAAAGAAGACAUCGGUGGUAAUGGAGAAAAGUCGCUCAACUGCCAGUUCAUCAGGCAGUCAGGGUCUGUGUGGGAAGUCAGUUUUGAAGACAGCGGCGUAAAUGUCAUGUGUAAAGUACCUACAAAAGGUUCAGCGGAAAUCCCCUUAGAGAAACUUGAAGUCAAGGAAAAACCUUCCAAGGAUUCCGACCUUCGGAACAUGCCAGAAAACUCUGAGAAAUUGCUGAACUCCUGCUCUCUAAGCUACCACCAACAAGAUUUUUCAGAAGGACAAAAGUUAGAGGUCUACAUCACCGCUAUAGAUGAUGUUCAAACCUUUUGGUGUCAGCCUGCAGACUCAGAAGAGCUUGAUCAGAUAACAUCAAGAGUCUCUGAAGUGGGGGAUGCGGUCGAUUACAAACCCAUUGACGCAAGCUCUCUUUCCCCUGGAAACCCAUGUAUUGCUCUCUUUUCAGACGAUGCUUUUUGGUACCGUGCACAGGUCAUUGACAAAGAUGGGGAUGAGCUGUCUGUUGUCUUUGUAGACUAUGGAAACAAGUCCCAAAUCAACAACGCAGAUGUAAGGGAAAUGCCCUGUGAGCUGAUGGAAACUCCUCCACAGGCGUUUAGGUGCGGGCUGGAAGGCUUUGAUGCCUUACACGGGUCCUGGAACAGUAAUGCAGUUGAUGAGUUCUCUGCACUAACAACAGAAAAAGUGCUACAGCUGACUGUCACCAGAGUAACUAGAGAAGGAGAAAAUGUGAAAUGCCUUGUGCGGAUGGAAUGUGAGGGCCAGGUGCUAAACGAGGCGUUGAAAACCUGGUGGAAGAGCUCAGCGACAGGAAACGAACCUGCAGUUGGACUAACAACUACAUACAGUACACCACUUCUUUGUGACUCCACAGUGAAAGAGACUGCACCUCCUGAGGAUCAACUACCCGAGGAUGAACUAGGCGAAAAAAUCGAUGCUACUCAUGCACGCAUCGACCCUCAGAGAGGCCACCCUGAAACGCAGAGCACUGGCAAUCUCAUUGACUUCCACGCAGAUGUUUUGGCAUCUGGUAGUCACUCAGCUGAAACAAUGUUAUGCCUAUUAGAUAACGAAGGGGAUCAAGAUUUUUCUAGCUGUGACACAAGUGUGGUUGAAGCUGACGAAGACACAGAAGAGGGUUUUUCAUUGACUGGGCUAUCGGAUGAGAACCCUACGGAGUCCAUAGAUGAGUCGGAGAAUACCACUACCGACUUGGAGUCUCUGCCAGGAGAGAUUAAUAACAACACUGGUUCUGGUCCAACUGAAGGAGAUGGGGGCAAGGUUACAAAGGCAAGGGGAAAUUAUUCUACCAGUACGACAAAAGUGAAAAUGGUUUCUCGUGAAGCUGUUCGUCGCAAGGAGAACGUUGACCUGUUUGAGACAUAUAUUGAAUAUGUGAAGCAGAUUGAGGCUGAACUGAUGCUGCCCUCCUGUGUGCUUCCUGCAUUUGAUGCUCCCUCAGGGCGGGAGAUUGACACUGUGGCAGACGGUGUCACAGAGGAAGAGCUGCCAUGUGUUGCCACACAUGUUGAGGAUGACUUGAUGACUGGAGAAGAGACUCUGGCUCUUCAUGAAGACAAAUGUUCAGUCCUGCCUCUCUCUGGAUCAACAGACGGUGAGCCACGUACCAGCACAGCUCCCUCUCAAGAUUUGGGUGACGAGGAAGAAGAGGGGACCUGUUCUGAGGAAGAGACUUCGCUGACAGAUGUCAGCACAGAUCAAUAUGAGCCCAGUGAUGAUGAUACGGUCACCAGUGAGAGAGACGAUAGCCUCAGCAGCGUGACAGCAGAGGAAAUGGGUGACGAGGAAGAAGAGGGGACCUGUUCCGACGAAGACGCCUCGCUGACAGAUGUCAGCACAGAUCUAAAUGAGCCAAGUGAUGACUCCAAAGUGUCGACCGAUAAAGAGGAUUGUCUCGGCAAUAUGACAGCAGAGGAAACGGUCCCAAGUGAAUCACAGCCUCUGUAUAAAGAGCUUCUUUGUGAACUAGUUACAGAAGCUCUGUCAGAGCCUGAAAUAUUCUUCUCCCUACAGGAUGAGGCCAUGCAUAAAGAGAAUAACUCGGAUGAAGACGAGACUUCAACUCUUCAUGAAGAUGAGCUUUCUGCUCUUUCCUCUGACUCUAAGCCACAAGCCUCCUCAGCUCCCUGUCCAGAUUUGAUAAACCUGGUUGAGGAGGUGACCUGUCUUGUGGGAGGGAUCUGUCUGACAGACGUCUGCACAGAUCAACGACAAGAAGCUGAGAAGGAGGAGGGAGAGCAGCCGGUGGGUUCCCCCCCCGAGGAAACGGAGGAUGUCAGCAGCAGUGAGCUCGAGGAACAACAGUCUUCUUCUGCUGAUGACAGUUUUGAGGCCCAGCUGUCGAUGAUCACUCAUCUCUCUCUGAUCAUAAAUGACAGUCCUGCUGACCCUCGUCUCACAAAGCCAGAGGAGUAACCACUUUAUUUACUGAUACUUUUAUUUAAUAUAUGCUUUAAAAGACAAGUUCAGUCUUAGUUCUCCAUGUGCUCUUUGGCCAUUUUGAUUUGUUGCAUUGUUACAGUAUCUGUUCUGAUAAACCGCCACAUAAUUCUUUCGAAAGUAUUACACAUUUUUUUUGAAAAAUAUAUACAAAAAGCUGCUUUUAUAUGUUUUUGAAACGCAGCAGUUUUCAAGUGUUUUUGUUUUGUGUGGAUACAUGCAUGUGUUGAAUUAAUGUUGGCAAAAUAAAUAUUUUUUCAGAUCUACA